AUGAAGAAGGAACAAAUAAUAAAAAGUAAAACAUUAGCAAACACAAGAAAUGAAGUAAUUAAGUCAUUCCUUACAACAAAACCAUCAUAUCUUACACUACAACCAAUACAUGUACUAAUACUGUCAGUGUGCUUUAUAAUUAAUAUAAUGCUACUGCAUAUAAUUGGUAGAUUUGGGUCAUCACUCAUCUUACAAACAAUAAUUAGUACAAUUGCUGUAAUUACUGCACUAAUAAUAGGAUACUUAAUACAAAAAUAA